UGGUGCUGCCUUUCAGCAGCGCCGUGUCCUCCUGGAGCGUAGAGCUCACGUUCGACCGGCCGUUGGACCGCCUAGAGAUCUGGGUGGCGGAUGCCACGACCACCGACGACAUGGUGUUCACGCUCACCAGCAAGGAUUACAACAGCGUGCAGCCGGCGGGCGCCCAGCUGGAAGGUGCUGUUCAACGCCUUCUUCAGCAGCAAGGCCGAGGUCACCAGCGUUCGCCUGAACGGUGAGGUUCUGUGCAUCGCUGAGGGCGGCACCACCGGGACUGGCGGCACGACGGGUACGACGGCCGGUACCACUGCUGGUACUACCGCCGGUACCACAGCCGCGACCACCGCCGGUACCACACCUGCAACCACCGCCGGUACCACAGCCGCCACCACCGCCGGGACUACAGCCGGUACCACAGCUGCAACUACCGCCGGUAGCACCGCUGCAACCACAGAAGGCACCACCAUCCCGACCAGUGACCUGCCGUACGAUUACAACGAAGUGCUGAUGAAGUCGCUGCUGUUCUACGAGGCGCAGCGGUCUGGCCCGCUACCGGCCGGCAACCGAGUCUCCUGGCGCGGCGACUCUGCCCUGGGCGACAUCGGCGACAACGGCGAGGACCUCACCGGCGGCUACUACGACGCCGGCGACCACGUCAAGUUCGGCUUCCCGAUGGCCGGCAUGACGACCGUGCUGGCGUGGGGCGCACUCGACUUCGCCGACGGGUACGCGGCGGCCGGCCAGACCGGGUAUGUGCUGGACGCCAUCCGCUGGGCUACAGACUACUUCGUCAAGUGCCACGUGGCGCCGACCACCUUCUACGGACAGCUGGGCGACGGCGACAUCGACCACGCCUGGUGGGGCCGGCCCGAGGAGAUGACCAUGUCGCGGCCGGCCUACAAGAUCACCGCCUCGGCACCCGGCUCAGACCUGGCCGGCGAGACGGCCGCCGCCCUGGCCGCCGCCUCGCUCGUGUUCCGGCCGUCCGACCCGAGCUACGCCGACGUACUGCUCAGCCACGCCCGCCAGCUGUACAGCUUCGCCGACACGUACCGCGGCGAGUACCACAACAGCAUCACCGACGCCGCCACCUUCUACAGGUCCUGGAGUGGCUACGGGGACGAGCUGACAUGGGCUGCCGCCUGGCUUUACAAGGCUACGCAGGAGGCCAGCUACCUGACGGACGCCCAGCAACACUUCCAGCAGUUCAGCGCCCUUUCCCAGCGCGCCAGCGAGUUUUCCUGGGAUGGCAAGCACGCCGGCGCCCAGGUGUUGCUGUACCAGCUGACGGGCGACGCGCAGUACGGCGCGCUGGUCAGUCAGUUCUGCGACUGGCUGGUGUCAGGCGCGCCGCGUACGCCGCAGGGUCAGCUGUUCUUGCAGCAGUGGGGCUCGCUGCGGCACGCGGCCAACGCGGCGCUCAUCUGCCUGGAGGCGGCCGAGGCCGGCCUCAGCCCGACCCAGUACCGCCAGCUGGCCAAGGAACAGAUCAACCUGAUGUUGGGCGACGCCGGCCGCAGCUACGUGGUCGGCUUCGGCUCCAACCCGCCGCAGCGGCCGCACCACAAGGCCAGCUCCUGUCCGGACCUGCCGGCCGCCUGCGGCUGGAACGAGUACAACUCGGCUGCGCCCAACCCGCAGGUCCUGAACGGCGCUCUGGUGGGCGGCCCAGACGCCAACGGUGACUACCAGGACGUGCGCUCCGACUACGUCAAGAACGAGGUCACCACCGACUACAACAGCGGCUUCCAGAGCGCGGUGGCCGGCCUGCUAUCGCUGCACGUGCGCGGCCUGUACCCAGCCUGAGGUCACCGAGAUGCAGCUGGGUCAGGGCGUCGACGCUAGGGCCCUUGAUCGCUGGUUAUGUAUGUUUUGGCGACACGAAGGGCGACGCGUGGGGUAUGUGAUCGCGGCUUAUAGCUGCGACCAUAAUGGGCCAGCACUCGUAAUCACUGCAGUCUAUGUGCACCCUUGGGUUUUGGGUUACCGGACGUUCUGAAGCAUGUGGGGUUCAAUACACCAAACACGA